GAGGGGAGUGAAAAAAAAUUAGGCAAUAAGUUGAAACUUUUCUUGUUUUAUGUGUCUUGUAUUUUAAUUCUGUCACAGACGAUUAGACGGCAGGAUGCAGAAAGCUGUGACUCUGGUUUCCCUGCUGGUCCUGGGGUGGACAUGGACCCUUCAGGGGCUUCCUGUACUCCCAGAACCUCUGUUCCCCACCCAAGAGAACUUUGAUCUGAGCCAGUUUUUGGGAACUUGGCAUGAUGUUGCUGUGGCGAGUACAUGUCCUCAUAUGCGACAGCAUCGGGGAGAUGCAGCCAUCGGUAAACUGGUUUUGGAGAGAGGAAGCACUGUGGACAAAAUCCAAACAACUCUAACCGUACUCAGACAUGGCACAUGUAGGGAGAUGUCUGGAGACUAUGAGCUGACCUCCACACCAGGACGAUUCUUCUACCACAUCACAAGGUGGGCGGCUGAUGUUGAUGCCUACGUGGUUCACACAAACUACAAUGAGUACGCCAUUGUGAUAAUGGUCAAACAGAAAUCAUCAGGGGGGAGCACCUCAGUUAAACUCUACAGUCGAACCAAGUCUGUUAGAGACACUGUACUGGAAGACUUCAAAACACUGGUCAGACAACAGGGGAUGAGUGAUGACACUAUUGUCAUCAAGCAGGACAAAGGUGAUUGUGUUCCUGGAGAGGUGGUGGAAGAGCCGGCACCUCAGCCUCAGCGGAGAAGAAGAAACGUUGCAGAAGAGGAGGGCUCUGGUGAUGAUAGUCUUCUUUUCAAUUCAGCAGAGGCUUGUCACGCAGCACCAGAGACCGGACCGUGUUUCGGGCUUCACCCUCGUUACUACUACAAUUCCUCCGCCAUGACCUGUCAGACGUUCAAUUACGGAGGUUGUUUGGGCAACCAGAACAACUUUGACACUGAGAGAGACUGUCUGCAGAGAUGUCGCACAGAGGCCGCAUGCCGUCUGCCCAUGGAGGCCCAACCCUGCACUGGUCAGCCACAGAUGUGGGCCUUCGACUCCACCGUGGGUGUGUGUGUGGCCUACAAACCGAACUUCUGUCCGACCAAAGCCAACAAGUUCUACAGCGAGGCCGAGUGUAAGGAGUACUGCGGGGUCGCAAAAGUCGCUGCUGACGAAGAAGAGCUCCUGAAGGCAAACUGAAUCAGCACAUGUCAGCGCUUCAAUCAAAAACUAAGCUUAUACAGUAAAUGGGGGUGCUUAGGGUCCUCCUCCAAGAAAUUCUGAGUUACAGAGUCAACAUAUUAUGUUCUUGCAAUCUGGAGAUGUUUUCAGAUCAACAGAAACAAUAUGUGAACUUGUGUCAUUACAGAUCCAAAAUAAAACACCAUGCUUGUC